UGGCGACCAGAGGCGCCUUUCAUAGGUUAAUGUUUAUGUUUAUUUGAAAAUAAUUGUUCUGCACUAUGGCCGAUGAAUAUAAAUCUUGUGAUAUUUGUAAAGAUAAAACCAACUGUUCUAACUUUGAUCUAUUAUGGUUCGGCGAUUGGCAACAAAGCCGGGACGUUGUCGUACAUUACUUUUGCUUGCUACUCUCUACAAAUCUGCCACAAAGAGGUAAAGAUUGUAGUGGCAUAAAUGGCUUCCUGUUGCGCGAUAUUCGCAAAGAAAUCAAUGCUGCUACUAAACGAAUGUGCUGCUACUGUGGUCGCACUAGUGCCUCCAUACAAUGCUUUAAAUGCCGUGAUUAUUUUCAUAUAUUAUGUGGACGUAAGAACCGUUGUCUCUUCACAUUUCAUAGUGAUUUUCGUUCAUAUUGUGAUGACUGCAUACCGAAGACAGACCUCCGACCGGCAAAACUAAAAAGUCGGCCUUCAAGCUUCGAGCGUUGCAGCAUUUGUCGCGAGCAAAUGGGUCUUUACGAUGAGGUAUUAUUCAUAUUCGGUAAAUGCUGUAAUAAAGGCUAUGCGCAUAAUAUGUGCGUACAGAAGUAUGCACUGGCGGCGGGUUACUAUCUACGUUGCCUUUGGUGCCGUAGCGAAGAAUUCCGUCAAACCGUGCGGCUGCAGGGAGUUUUCGUUCCAGAUAGAGAUGCGCGUUGGGAAGUACAGAAAGGGACGUAUACCGACUUGCACCGUGGACACAACACUUGUAAUAUGGAACCGUGUCUGUGUCCAAAAGGUCGUGACUACAAUGGAGGGAAAUGGUCUUUAAUUCUUUGUUCUUUAUGCGGCAGCGUGGGUGCUCAUAAUCCUAAAUGUUUGUUGGGUAAGGAAAAUGCAAAGGAGCCCGUGCCUGUCUUUAAAUGUGCCACUUGUGCCCGCACUGAAUCAACGAUUGCAGAAAAUCGCCAAAAAACUUUUGCUGCACCGGAAAAGGUCGGCGAAGUAAUUGAUAAAAGCAUUUUUAUGACAAAAAUUUAUAACGAUCAAAAUGAAAAAGAUGCAAUUAAUUUCCUACCAUCUUUCUCUGAUGACGACGAAACUCAAUCUUCCGAUAGCUUUGUUACAGUGAUUCCACAAAAGAAUUCAGAGCUAAAAUCUUCAAUAUCCAAUUGUCCAGCACCAACUAUUAAUGAGCGUAAUGAAUUUAUUUCAUCGAAAUCAAAUAAUGACAUCUCUUUAGAGGUUUCCAUCAAUACUGAAGUCACGGGCCAGAAAUUGGUUGAGACACAUAUAUUGGUAAUUGAUUGUUCUGACGACGAGAGAAUAGAUGAAGUAAAAGAAAAGACGUCUUCACAUAAGAAGACCGAUACGCAGGUAUUAGAAAUUGAAGAUGAGGAAUCAUCAAACAAGAGCACAGAAAAGCCGACUGAGCCGCCAUUGAUUGGGUCACAAGUUGUGGAAAUUAAUUGUUCUGAUCAAUAUGUAAAAGGUGAGGUCAGAGGAAUGCGAAUUCCGCUACGACCGAUUCAAGCAGUAACAGAAAUUAAUUUCCCCGAUGACACACAAAUGAAAAGCAAAGAAAAAUCGGCUACACCGCAACUAGUUGCAUCGCAAGUAAUGGAGAUUAAUUGCUUUGAUGAAGAAACUCGAAAUAUAGUACCUAAGCCGCCCAUGUUACAGCCAAUCAUAUUUGUUGAUGAUGAAGAAACACAAAUUUUUGAAAAAUCUUCCACUAAUACGCCUGAAACGAAAGUUGUAAAAAAAGCAUCACUCACGCAGCAGUCCAGCUCUUGCUAUUUUCAACAGGAUGAGACUCAGCUGUUUGAUAUCUGCACUCUUGAUAAGCGGAACACAGAUAUAAUAAAAGAACAUUUAUCCACGCAUAACGAAGAACUUGGAAGUGUAGAUAAAACCCCGGCUACUAUUUCCACACAAAGCGUCGAUCUAACAAGUGAGAUAGUUUACAUGCAAGAGUCAAAUCCCCCGGUUGAUACCAUCCAAUCUCCGAUCGUGACUUCUUCACAAUCUGAAGAAAAUGAUCAAUGGAUAACUUUCGAUGUUUACAAAUACGAUGAUGAAAAAGGUAAAUGCAUUGGUAGUGCCACAAUGCGCAUUAACUUGUGUGAUAAGAGAUUUGCAGGCAUGACCAUGGAACAAAUUGAAAAUAAUUCUAGUAGUAUACUGAGCGUUGGAGAUAUUAUAGCUCAUAGCGAAGACAUUGGGGUAUUUGCUGAAAUCGAUGCAAUAAUUGCAGGGUACACAAAAUAGCAAGGCAAUUACUAUCUGCUAUGAGUAUCAAGGACUUUGAUGACGCUAUCAAAGGAAUUAUAAUGUAAAACUG